AUGAGAUUUUUUGAGGUUUUUGAAGUCUCGAAAUUUUCACCAACCACCAUGAUGCGGUUUGCCAGAGCGUUCUCCAGCGGUAGCCGGCUUCUGCGGACUGGCUACUCCACAGUUGAACCUGUGCACCAUUUGGUGAAGAUAAGGAAGGCUCGUUUGAAGCCAAAGUAUCAACCUCUUGUUAUCCCCAAGACCGAAGUGGAAUCGGUAGGUUACCGUCCAACGGAAAUAUGUCAAGACCGAGUGGAGGAACACUAUGAGAAUACACUCAAACUGGACCUCUUAUUGCAUUAUUACAAGCACGAAGCCAAGACCAUCGAGGGAGAAAAAAAGAGAUCGUGGGGCACGGACUCGCCAUAUGCCUUGUACAGAACAUUGAAAAAGCCCAAGGGAUUGGUGCGUCCCACGCAAGAUAUACAUCCUAUUGGUCCUUCCAAUGUUCCAAAACUCGUUGGAAUAUCAAUCAACUCGUAUAACUCCGAGGCCCUUGAAGAGGGAUGGUUAAACAUUUCCCUGAGACUCCAGUUGGCUCAGAUCACCAACGUGAAACCCAAGCAACUUUACAACAAGUCCAAUAUUCUCCAGUGGAGAUGUAGAGUUGGACGGCCAUGUGGCUCCAAGGUUGAAUUGACUGGCAGAGACAUGACCCAAUUUGUGUCCACAUUGACCGAGUUGGUGCUUCCAAGAGUCCGUACUUUCCAGGGAAUCAAGAACACCAGUGGAGAUGGAUCAGGUAACAUCUCGUUUGGAUUGCUGCCUGAAGACGUCAAGUAUUUCCCCGAAAUCGAAAAUUUCCAGGAAUUGUUUCCAAACCUUUUUGGUUUCCAUAUCACGUUCAAGACUACAGCCAGAACCGACGAGCAAGCCCGCGUGUUGCUCAGUGCCAUGGGCUUCCCAUUUUACAACCCAUAA